UGUGCGUUUUAUACGUGCCCUCCUUUUUGGUUCCAAUCCCAGUUCGGAUAAACAAAAUAUUGCGUCACUGUUAUUGUGCUAGUUGAGCCUCCAGCUGGUUAGGGACAUUUCGCCACCGUUUCACCUACAUUCAGGCCUUUAAAGCUACGUUUCCGAUUAAAAUUCGUCACACGGCACAGGCACAGCGCAAAUGUCGCUUCAAAAGGACGCUUCAUCUGACGAGAGUUUGCAAGGUUCCUGGGUAGAGCUGCAUUUCAGUGGAACUGGCUCCCAAGGUACCAGUCAUCGAGGAAGUCAGGAGCACAUUCCCACGUCCAGUCAGGAGGGGGACGUGGAGAAAAUGCUCCUUGAAGCGCAACACGAGUCAGGCAGGAGCAGCUCCAAAGGAAGUUCCCAGUGCAACAGCCCACUCAGAUCUCAGACUCCCCUUCUUCUGUGGAGAGGCUCAGAGGGAAACAGCUCUCAGUCAGACGAAGACUUUCAAGAGAGAAGACGUGAAGUGGAGAGACUGAUGAAGAAAAAUGCUGACUGGAUAUGGGACUGGUCCAGUCGGCCGGAGAACAGUCCGCCAAAGGAGUUCCUGCUGAAGUACCCCAAGCACUCGACCUCGCUCAGCAUACGGAACACCAGUGUCAUGAAGAAGGGCGGCAUCCUCUCCGCUGACUUUCUGAAGAUAUUCCUUCCCUCGUUAAUCAUUUCUCACAUUCUCGCUCUUGGCUUGGGGAUAUUUAUUGGGAAGCGCCUAACUUCUCACAACACCUACUGAGCAAGCUGCUGAUGCGUGUAGGGACACCUCGUUACAACCAGCUUGUCAUGCCUUAAAUUGGGACCUGUGCCAUGUGACCUGUGAUUCUGACUGAUUGCCCCACGCCAGCAUGAAGAGCCGAGAAUCUCCCACUGCUGUGUUGUUGAAUGCACCACAACCAAUCUCCCUGUCCAUGAUGUGUUCACUGUUAACUGAGAUUAUCGUUUUGCUGCUUACUGCUCCUUACACAUGCAUGCUAUGGGACAAAUAUAUAUAUAAUAUAUAUGUAAAUCACUUUUUUUGAUUUAAUUAAAAUCAGAUUUAAUUUAU